UGUCAUUUGAAUUUUAUUAUUUUUUAUACGCAGUGUUUUUUUGCAUUUGUGAAAUAAAUAAUGGUGAGGCAGUACUAUCCAAAUAACAUUAUAGCCCACAAGACAGAAUACAUGUCUCGUUUUAUACAUGAAACAAUAGGAAUGCGAACAGGACAAACAGACGCAGUUCGUUGUUUUCUAGCACGGCACGUCUUCGAGGAAUGCUUCCGUGUUCAAGAUUUUCCAGGGAAUAUAAAGAAAGAGUUGCAGCCGUUGAUGUAUGUUUUACUUACAGAUGGACCUUUCAUCACUUCACUGUGUGCGAAAAGGCAACAACUCUGUAGACGAUGCUGAAACCUCGUCUUGUGGCAAAAUUGUCCGAUUUUUACCUCCCACGUCACUAGCGAAGAAACAAUGUAACCG